AUGAUUGAUUUUAGUUAUCUGCGACCUCCAGCUGAUGUGUUUUAAAUCAAACAUGAUCCAUUCUAUAUUAAGCAUGGAGAAGGGAAGAAUCACGUUAGGAAAAUAUUCUUUCACUAAGAAUUUGAUGAAUACGAAAAACAAAAAAUAAAGGAGUUGAUGGCGAGCAUCCAAUAACACAAAUUAGCAUUGCCUCCUGACUGGUGCCAAGAGUUGUCUCUCAAAUAUUGUUAUUCAGGAGGCUUUGAAAUCAGCAAAUGCAUUCAGAGGUUACAGAAACAUUUGGAGUGGAUCAAUGACGAAAAUUACUAGGUCUUGUCUCCAGAGGCUGAAUAAUAUUUGAAACAAGGCUACAUCUAUUAAUUUGGAAGAGAUCACCAAUACCGACCUGUUGUUUAUAUUUAAUUGCAUAUGAUUUCGAAAAACAAACUUCACGUACCCACUCUUUUAAAUGCAGCAACAGCUAUUGGGAACAUAGUAACUAAGUUUAUGUAUACUCGUGGUUACGUUGAAAAUUGGAUAGUCAUAUUGGAUAGUGGUGGUAGUGGAUUAUUUGAUUUCCCAUUCUCCACUCUCAGUAUGAUUAACGAAUUCUUUUCAAUCAACUACACUAGUUCAUUGCAUAAGAUGUUUAUAUUGAACCCUUCCUUCUUCUUCAACUCCUCCUGGAAAUUAAUUGAAAAAAUCAUCCACCCUGAGACUGCUGCCAAAAUCAAUUUCCUCAAAGCUUCAGAUUUCUACAAAUUGCAGGAAUUAAUCCCAGCCGAAGAAAUCGAAAUCAAAUAUGGAGGACAACAUCCCAAUCUAGUCAAUUUCUGGCCUCCCAUCAACACUAAGGCUUAAAACAAUUAACCAAAUGAUGAGUUCUAAUAUGUUUAAAGACCAUAAACUCUUACGAAACGUACUUAAAGUGUUAAGGAAUCUGAAUAUUUUAGUAUUGAUAAUAAUUCCAAAGAGUUUUAUAAUAAUUCUAAAAUGAAAGGUAAUCUAUUAUUAAAGUAGAAUAUCGGAUACACGAACAGUUUCAAGAAAUUGAUUAAUAAAACUCAAAAUGUUGUUCUUGUAAUAUAAUGUGAAACAAAAUAAUUUUUUUAUUAUAUUAAAUAUUCAAUGGAUAGAGAUCUUAUUAAAGGAAAUAAAAUAUGCUAUAAUUAUGAAAAAGAACGAUUAAGAUAAAUUCAUAAACACAAUCUACAGAUAGCACAUCCUUUAAUUAGAACUUAAAUGGAAAGGUUAUCAUAAAACUAAAAUAAGAAACUCUAAUUAUAAGAAGAGAGAUUUACUGAAAUUGAAAGGGAAAAUCGUAUCUUAUUAGAGAAGAUUUAAAAUAUCAUGAAUAAUGAACGCAAAAGAGCCUCCUCUAAUUGGUAGAACAAUAAUAUGACAGCCUCUAAUUUUAAUUAAUCCUAAUCAGUCAAUAGGAAAUAAUCACUCAAUAAGGAGAAGAGGAAAAAAGAGUUGGUCAGAAUUACCAUCGAAAAUUAAAGAUUAAUGAAUAGACUCGUUACCAAAAAACCAAAUUACAAUACCAAAAUUAUUUUGAAGCAAACCUCAAAAUAAUAAUAACUAGCCCAAUAGAUAGCUGAAUACCCACUCAAAAGGUCUAGAAUUCAAAGUUCCAAUAGACAAAAGAGUGUAGACCUCUCAAAGAGUAGUUUUAUGGGUUUUUUGCCAACCUAGACAAAUUUUACACCAAACAAUUAACAAUCUAGAAAAAUUAUGCUUUAUAAAUAAAAUAAAAAAAUUGACGAUAAAUUGUAUUACAUUGAAAUAUUCUAUGAAGAUGAUUUAUUUAAAAUUACAGUUGACGAUGAAUAAAGUCCAAACACAAAGGUGUUUGAAAUGCCUUAAGAAGAUGGCUAAAUUGUAUUGAGGGAGAUAUAUAAUAAUAAUAUAUUGCAAUUAGUAGAUGCUAUAAGUGUUGAUAACAACAUUCAUUUAGCAGGAUUGGAAUAAUUUGAACAAUCUUAAUGA